AUGGUCCUUGGCUGGCUGCUGCUUCUGGUGAUGGUUCUGCCCCCAGGCACGAUGGGUAUCAAGGACUGCAUCUACUGUGAGCCAACUGAUUCCCAGUACUGUGCCGGCACCCGCAUGCGCUGUGGCGACGAUGAGGACUGUUUCAUAGGCCAUGGGGUUGCCCAAGGCACUGGUCCAAUCAUCAGCAAGGGCUGUGUGCAGGCCACUAAAUGUGGCCGGGAGGAACCUGUCACCUACAAGGGCGUCACCUACACCCUCGCCUCCAAGUGCUGUACUGGCAACCUGUGUAACAAUGCCCCUGGCCCUGCAGGCAGUCGGACAGCAGGGACUGUUGUCGGUCUGGUGCUGGGGCUGGGCUUGCUGCUUCCUCAACAUUUGCUGUGA